CUUAUUUCUUCUGCAAUUCACGUGACCACUCUAUCCUGCGUAAGCCCUGCACUUCCCGCCGGCGACCGCCGCCCUCAGACGAUACGCCUUCUCUCCAGCUUCACGGCUACUGAACCCUCUCCCUUUCCAUCUCUUUACUGCCCCACCACUUCCUUUUCUCUCACCAUAUCAACAAUCGUCGGUGCCUUCCCCGAUCGCGUCCACGUUUCCGGUUGUCUUUGGCCUGCUUAUGUUGGUAUAACGUUCGAUCAAGCUAUAUUCUCUUUGGAUUUUCUCCUCCAUAGUUUCUCAUACAUUAUCCUUAUUUCUCUUUAACAAUAGAACAAUUAAUGUGUAAGAAAAGAGCUGCAAUUAUUGCUAGACGCUCCUUAGUAGCACUGUGCACUGCAGGAUCUUCAUGUAGCUCCUCAGCCUCAAACAAAGUCCUCAAUCUAGUAAGAAAUUUAAGUGUUGCUUCUGAAAGAGAGGAAUGUCAGAACGAUAAUGGAUAUCAUGCAGAUACUUCUUUGCAGAGUUACCAAACCCAUGGUGGAUUUAGCAGUGAUAACCAAAACUCUGGCUACUAUCAGCAUUAUUCCCAAAGUGCUAGUUUGCAAUCGAGGCCUUAUGAAGACAAUAUAGAUUCGUUUGAUGCAGAAAACUCCAUGCAGGGUCAGCACAAGCUAUCCACUAGCUCGGUUUAUGGGCAACGACCUGGGAGUAGUUUUGCAAAUACUUCUCCUAUGCAUGAAACUGCUAGUAGAUCUUAUGGACAAAACUAUGGUGGAAUGCCUCCUAAUUCUUAUGGCUUUAACCAGAACCAUGAUGAGGCUUAUAGAGAAACCUAUCAAAAUACUCAUCAUGCCAACCCAGUGUCUCUGAAUGGUAAUUUUGUUGAAAAUGGCUAUAAUGGAGUGGUGGCUCAAGAUCAUAAUAGUUACAAUGGAAAUAAUCGAAGAAAUUUUGUACAUAUAAGUAAUAAUGAGCUUUGUGGAGUUGAUAGAUCUAUGUCUCAGAAUAUUCAACUUGAGCGUAGAGAAAUUUUUUCUGCAUACAAUGGAUAUAACAAUGAAGAACUGCAGCAGAACAAUUAUGGGGUUUCCGGACAGAAUUCAUGGGGCACAUGGACAGAAUCCAAACAAUAUGUACAUGGCACUGGCCUAAAUUACCACAAUCCUAUAUCAGGACUAAACAAUCAUAUUCCCCUCUCAAGACAUUAUGAGCAAAACUCUAUUUCUCAGCAACAUCCACAGGGACAAUAUCAACAAGGUGCCAGUGUAGAACAAUAUAAGCCAAACCCAGAUACUAAUCAGAGUAACAUGAUUGGUACUCAGGUAGUAAACAAUGCUAAUGGUGAGGGGGAAAUUGGAAUGGCUAAGGAUCGCCCACAUGGUGCUACCCUUGAGGAGCUUGAUGAAUUUUGCAGGGAAGGCAAGUUGAAGGAGGCUGUGCAAAUAUUGGAAGUGUUAGAGAAACAGCACAUUCCCAUCAAUCUAUCUCGGUAUUUAGAUUUGAUGAAUGCAUGUGGGGAAGCAAGGUCCCUAGAAGAAGCCAAAGUUGUUUGUAAUUACGUUAUAAAAUCUCAAACCCCUCUAAAAGUUAGCACCUAUAACAAAAUUUUGGAGAUGUACUCUAAAUGUGGUUCCAUGGAUGACGCCUAUACAAUAUUCAAUAAAAUGCCUAGUCGCAACCUAACAUCAUGGGAUACUAUGAUUACAUGGCUUGCCAAGAAUGGCCUAGGGGAAGAUGCUAUUGAUCUUUUUUACGAGUUCAAAAAAGCUGGGUUGAGACCUGAUGGAAAAAUGUUCAUUGGAGUUUUCUCCGCAUGUAGUGUCUUGGGAGAUGUUGAUGAGGGGAUGUUACACUUUGAAUCAAUGACUAAGAAUUAUGGCAUUACUCCUUCCAUGCAUCAUUAUGUUAGUAUAGUAGACAUGCUGGGAAGUAUAGGAUAUGUAGAUGAAGCUUUGGAGUUCAUUGAAAAGAUGCCAUUGGAGCCUGGGGUAGACAUUUGGGAAACGAUGAUGAAUAUCUCUAGAGCUCAUGGGUUGAUGGACCUUGGAGAUCGUUGUUGUGAGCUUGUUGAGCAUCUUGAUUCUUCUCGCUUAAAUGAGCAGUCAAAAGCUGGCCUUCUACCGAUAAAAGCUUCUGACCUUGAAAAAGAGAGAGAGAAGAAAAAAUUAGCUAAUCGGAAUCUUUUAGAAGUGAGGAGCCGAGUACAUGAAUAUCGAGCUGGAGAUACUUCUCAUCCUGAGAAUGACAGGAUCUAUACCUUGCUUAGGGGUUUGAGGGAACAAAUGAAGGAGGCUGGUUACAUACCAGAGACUCGAUUUGUACUCCAUGAUAUAGAUCAGGAAGGCAAAUAUGAUGCUCUACUUGGUCAUAGUGAGAGACUUGCUGUUGCAUAUGGCCUAAUUAGUAGUUCAGCCCGCUCGCCCAUAAGAGUAAUUAAGAACCUUCGUGUUUGUGGUGAUUGCCAUAGUGCACUUAAGAUAAUUUCAAAAAUUGUGGGUCGAGAACUAAUCAUCCGUGAUGCUAAGAGAUUUCACCAUUUUAAAGAUGGAUUAUGCUCCUGCCGUGAUUACUGGUGAAGAAAAUGAAACUUGAGGUCAUCAUUACCAUUUCUCCAAGCAGUUCGAUACAACUUCGGAAGAAAAAUCUUUUGGUGGGAAAGUUUGUGCACUCUUACUUGGUUGAACAAUGAAAAAGGGGCUACGAAAACGAAGAGAAACGACAUAAUUGCAUUUUUGUUCAUUAUUGUAAGUAAUUAUAUCUAUCAUUUUAUCAUAUGUUAUGAUAUUUUAUUUAAAUUAUCUCAAUUUUAGCUCCAAAAUUUAAAAUUUUAGAGGGAACUGGGACCCAAGGAUAUAAGAUAAUCAGUAUUUUUUGAAAAAAAAAACAUGAGGCUCAGGAUGUUACAAUCUUCCCUUUUAACUGUCAUUCUUGAAAGUUCUAAUUUUGAAAAAACUUUAGCGACUUCAUUUUUAUAACGUCCUCACGUUGUUAAGUUGCUUCUUUAGAUUGAUGAAUCUGCUAGAAAAAACUUUAACUAGGGUUAUUUUUUUUUUUAUUGUGUCUUACCUUUCUUGCAAGAAUUUGCUUAGGUUUUUCCUCAUAACUCAAGUUUUCAUUCAAAUGCAAAGGCUCAAAGUCUAUCACAUGAGAUAGAUCUGUCAUAUGCUUUUUCAACAUAAAAACACGGAAAAUGUUGGGAAUUGUCGAGAGCAACAAUAGCAAAGUCAAACGAUAAGUUAAUGGACCAACUCUCUCUAGAAUUUCAAACGACCAAAUAAAUCAUGGGCAUAGUUUUUCCUUCUUUUCAAACUUCAAAACACCUUUCAUGGAUGUUACUUUCCAGAACACUUUAUUACAUGCAACAAACCCCAAGUCUCUUUGCCUAGUAUCAACUUAAUUUUUCUAUCCACGUAGUGGAUUUUUGCUCUAAUCUUCUAGAUAGCUACAUUUAUAGCCUACAAUAACUUAAGGCCCAACAUUUCUGUUUUAUUUCAUCCUAAUAGAAGACUUGCAUGGCUUUCCAUAAAGACUCUCAAUUGGCAUCAUGUCAAUUAUGGUCUGAUAACUAUUAUCAUAAGUAAACUUCAUAAAAGACAAGAAUCCAACAUCUUGCAAAAUCUAAUGUGCACGCACGUAAUAUGUUCCCUAAGUUUUGAUUCGACCAUUCUGUUUAACCAAUGAUCUAUGGGUGAAAUGAUGUACUAAAAUUUAACUGAGUACCUAAUACUUUUUGGAGACUUUGCCAAGUUAAAUGUGAAAUAAGAUCUCUAUUUGACACAAAUGAAACUGGUACCCUAUGAAGUGUGAAACCUCUUUCAUAUAAAACUACAAAGCUUGAAAAGUUGAAAAAUCAAUGGUACUUUAAAACGUUCACUUUGAAAACUGUCAUGUGAUUAUGAAGUCUUGUUUUCUAAAACAUGUGUUUGAGCUACUUGUAUAGACAUAGAGAAAGCUUCAUAUGCUCGAUAGAGCAUCUAGUUGUCCUAGAUAUGGAGGAACUCAACGUAUAUGGUAAAACAACUAGUCAUACUAUGUAUAGAUACACAGUAGAGUAGAUCUAGUCAACUUUAAUAUUAUAAACUUCCCUUGACCACCUUGUCAUACCCCUUCUCGAGUUCACCCCAACCUAAAAGGAGACGUCAAGUCAACAAACAACACCUUACACCUACUGUCCAUCCUUAAAGCAACUAAUCGGAUAACACCUAUGUACAUUACAAUUACUUUUAAUGUCAAUUUCAAGAGUUCAUACUUAAACAUUCCUGCUCCUAGCUAGCCCUAAUGACUUCUAGUAAUGACCAGACUCCAUGUUAACAACAUAUUUAUAGGAAAAUAUUUGAAAAACGUGAGCUUAAAGCCCAACGAGUGGCAUAAUUUAUAGGAAAAUAAGUUUGCUUGAAAAUUCUUUUUUUUUUUUUUAAACAAAUUCCACAAUCAAGCAUUACAACACACGACAUAUGACCUUCUCAGUCUGCUGAUCGGCUCUUCCUAGCAUGAUCAUGUGUUUUCCAAGUAAUCUUGUUUAUUCCCAAAAUGCAAGUUGAGAAAAUAAUUUACAAGUUCGAGAAAACAAUUCCAGUACCCACUUAGCCAGCCGAAUGUGCACAUGUCGACAAUAUCCCGUUAGUCAUGCUUUGAGACACGCUAACAAUUUUCCAAGGUAUCCUAUUUUCCCAUCAAUUCAUGUUAUCAAGGUAAAACAAUCAUUCUAACAAAACAAUAGAACCCAAUCAACAAUGGAAUUAAUGCAUCAAAAGCCAGAAAAACACAUUUCCUGAUCAUGCCCAUUUCCAAACCUUACAUAUAUAUGUAGAAUGACAUUGAACACAUAAUUCACAAAUCAUGUAAAAGUAGGAAUCACUCACAGUUUUUGUUGUGAAUUUUCCUAUUGUUUCUCCGAACGACUCUUGAUCCUAUUUUCUUGAAUUCUACUUAAUUCAAGGAAAUUCUAAAUUAGCCCAAUUUCUCAAAUAAAGUAACCUUAAAUUGAAUAUUUUGACUAACCCACCUCAACUUAAUCAAAAAUAGGAUUAACUUUUAGAAAUACACCUUUUUAGGUGAAUUGUAUAGGCUGGUAGGUGGUGUGAGCAGUCAAUGUGCAGGAUGGGCGCAAGGCUGUGCGUAGGUGGGCGGUACUCCUUGCACAGGCACGGCAUGACACAAGCAUGGAGUGGGUGAGCGCGUGCGCAAGGGCUAGGCAGUGUAGCACGUGUAGGCAUGCACUCAAUCGUGCACUGUGCGGGUGUCCAUGUCGUCUUGCGAUGGGCGUGUGCGUUGUGUGCUGUGCGCCAGGUGAUGACGUGGGCGAUGAACGCCUAUCUAUGCGACCAGUUGAUCUUUCUGCCUUUUAACGCAAUUUUCCCACUCCUCACUUCACCAAAUCAAAUGGCAACCUAGGAUCACCUAAUACACUCCUCUUUCAAAACCUUCACACCAAUUUAACUUGAUUUGCACGAAUGAAUUGUUUGAACUAACGUCCCCUAGCUGCUCUAUUUAUAUUGGUCCCAAAAUCACCAAUGUUUGACACUUCAUUCUUGCAUGUCCAGUUGUCCUCAGCAUGUAUGUGCCAACGCAUCUCCCUUGACACCUCAUUGCAUGUUGGCUAAAGUGUCUUCAAUUUUCAUAGGCCAACGCAUAGCCUCCUUUCUGAGGUGUCCUUCCCAACCUUGAAUGUCUUACCACGUGCCCAUCUCAUCCUACAAGCUUCACUUAGUUUAGCCACAUGUCCCAAUUUGCUGUCAACCCAAACCUGUUCCCCAAGCUUACCUACUCAAUGCAUCCAUCCUCCUUUGGCAGCAUACCUUACCCAACGCCUACCUCACUUGGCCGUAUAACCCUUCCCUUGGUUGCAUAGCCUCACUUGGUCGCAUACCCUGCUCGGACACACAACCCUUCCCUUGGCCGCGUAACCUCACUUGGCCACAUACUUCACUUGGCCGCAUAGCCUUGCCUCAACGCUUCCCUUGUGACUAACGUCUAGCCUCACGGUUGGCACAUAGCCCUACUCCUAGCCAACACAUCUCAAAGCAUGCUCAAGCCUCCUUGCCUAAGGUCACGUAGCCCUUUUUCGUGCGUGUCACCUUGUCUUCCUAACCUGUAAACCUCGAAUUCUGCGUUUCCUAUAUUAGUAUGUUUAGCCAUGAGGAUGUUAUAUUAAUUAUUUAAUAAGUGUAAAACUUAUGGUGUAGUUACAGGGAAUUACGAAUGAAGAGGAAAAAAAGAGAAAGAAGAAGAAAUAAAAAGACUAAAGGGAUUUGGUAGCUGAGUUUGGCCAGAAACACUAAAUUAGUGCUAGAUGAGGUGGCGGUUUGACCUUUAAACAUGAGAGGCGGUAGGAAGUAUAAAAGAAAGAAGAACUUCAGAAGCUCAGUUUUAGCAAAUGACUUGAGCAAAUUAAGUGAGAUCGGUGCCAUUCGAAAGUUGGGAGAAUCUAGUUUUUGAGGUUGGUCUACCAGAGAAAGAUCUCAUAGGAAGAAGAGCAAAAAGUAAAGAAUGUGCAGAAGGGGUAGAUUCUCAGAUUAAUCAAGGCCAGGGGUGAAGAUUGGAAGCUUCAGGACAAAUUAUAAGAAAUUUAGGGCUGGGAUUUUUAAGGUAAGAACGUUAACGCAAUUCUAAACAAGUUUGCAGAAGGAAGUUUCUUGAAAAGAGUUCUGGAUUUUGAGUUAUGAAUUUUUGAAAUUGAAAUAGGAAGUUGGUGCGUAAGGAGGUAGCUGCUUGGGA